AUGCCUGAUCAUGGACUCGUCAUUCUUCUCUUUAUAGAGUAUGAUGGUGAACGCAAUUCAGAAGGUGAACGACAUGGACAUGGAAAAGCACGUCUACCCAAUGGUGAUACAUACGAUGGAGAAUAUAAGCAUGGUCUCAGAAGUGGACAGGGGACCUACAGAUUUAAAAAUGGUGCUUACUACACUGGACAGUAUCUUCAAAACAAAAAACAUGGCCAGGGUGUAUUUUUUUAUCCAGAUGGAUCAAAAUAUGAAGGCGACUGGGUGAAUGACCAGAGACAUGGCUAUGGAGAGUAUACGUAUGCAAAUGGAGACACCUAUACUGGAGAAUGGUUUAACCAUAACAGGCACGGGCAAGGUACAUAUGUCUAUAAGGACACAGGAUCUAAGUAUGUUGGUGGCUGGGUAAAUGGAAUCCAGGAAGGAGAAGCUGAACUUAUCCACCUAAACCAUAGAUUUAAGGGCAAGUUUUUAAAUGGCAAUCCUAUCGGUCGUGGCAAAUAUGUCUUUGAUAUUGGAUGUGAACAGCAUGGUGAAUACAUACAAUCAGAGCAGGAUAAAGGAGAGGAAGAGGAGGAAUCCUCAUUACUCAUUGGACCAAAAUGGAAAGCAUCAGAAAUUACGAAAUUAACAUUCUGGACUCCCAGUAGGGAAAACCCACCUUCUCCCAGAGAAGCCUCCCUAGAGGCAGCAGCAGCAGAAGCAAUGGAAGAAAGAGCAGCAGCAGCAGUAAUUGAAGAGAAGACAAUACCAUCAGUUGAAGUCACUGAUGAGUCUGCUGAGGGUAAAGAUGAUGAGCCUUCUCUUCAUGAAGCAUCCAGUGAAGUUUUUAGCCCAGGAAGGGAUGCAGGAGAAGAAUAUGAGGGAAGCAGAGAGGAAGAAGACAAAGAUCAAGAGAAUCCAGGAACUGCUAGUUUAGAGCAUGAGGAAGAUGAAUCAAAGGAAGCAGAGUAAUUGUAUACAACUAAAGAUUAAGACUCUAAAAAAGAAAAUUCCAGAGUAAAUCAUUGAGUAAACUUGCAAUAUUUUUAUUCA